ACAACAAGGAAAUUGCCGUGGGGAGGAGGCUCUAAAAAAAACUGCUCGCAAAUCCGCUCUAGCCCCCUCGCCGAUCGCCGGAUCCCUCCCUCCGCCUCGCUUCCGCCGCACGGCUUCUUCCUCCGCUCCGCUCACCUCAGCUUGGUUCCGAUGGGGUUCCUGAAAAGCACUUUCUCGUUGUUGAUCGGCACCGGCUGCGGCAUCUACAUUGCCCAGAACUAUGAAGUCCCAAACAUAAAGAAGCUCAUGUGGACUGUGAUGGGCAAGGCCAAGGAGUUCGAAGAAUCGUACAAGAAGAAGGGCAACGGCAAGAACAAGGAUAACGAAUAGCAUUGACCUGCAGUCCGCGCUCCACCAUCUUUAUGUGUAGAAAACCACCGGUUUAGUAGGAAGCUAAUAGUUGGAACAGCAUUCGGAUUGUUUGAGGUAUACUGCAACUGUGGCGUACUCUUUGCCUCGGAUUGAAUCUGUCUAGAUGGCAAUACAAUUUUUGAGGUGAAAGCUACGACCUGGAUUUUGGAAUAUGAAAGUGCCAUGAUUGAGUUUGGCUCAACUGGGGAGGUCCUUUUCGUGAACGAGUCUGAUGGUGACUGAUCAUGGGUAUAUUGUUAUUUAUUUUUAGUGAUUGACAAAAGGAGUCCAUGAGCCUGGAUUUGUGGCGGCAUGUGCAA